AUGCGUGGGUCCUCCCAACAAACUCGUGAGCAGACAACCACGGAACGCGUCCAACGGCUUCGUGGCUCCACGGAGUGCCCUGCGUGUAAAAGCGACCUGCUGCUGGAUUCGACUGCGUUUCUAGUACUGCCCGCUGUCGUGCGCUCUUUUCACACAAGGAGUCGCUGUUCUGCAAGCACCAUAGUUGCCAGGGCUACAGACGUGUCGCCUGCAUUUCGCGUGAGACGCCGCACAUGCGUCAACACUAGAUCUGCUGCCCGGAGGCGUCUUCAGUACGGUUAUCGCCGUUGUGGACACGGUGAAACGAUAGAGGCCUGUCGACCUACUGGCCGUGUUUGGCGUUCCCUAGGGCUCAGCUCGCUCCAGAUGAGUGUCGAUGGAAAAGUCGAGGACUCGGAAGGGCGCUGGUUGGUGCUCGCCGGUUGCGACGUGUGUAUCCCGGACGGUGUUCCGGCGGGUUCGCCGAGCGACAAGCUCGCCACUGCGUCUGGCGCGCUUCGUGGGGUAAUCUGCUUCAUUGGCGGGUUCUUGGUGGGCCAGUUUCCGCGGGCAACUUAUGGGCCCUUUCUUGAACAAAUUGCACGCCGAACCCAGAUGGCAGUGAUCGCAGCGCCGUUCUUUUCGGCGGCCGUGGCGCCCUCCAAGGCAUCAACGAGUGCUUCUGCGAAAGUUGGGGCGGAUGCGUUUUCCAGCCAUCCCGUUCCGGAUACGACUCUUUUCUUCGACCAUCUGCAGCUAGCGGAAAAGCUCAGGGAGCGGUUCCGGGAUGCCUCCGCGUCUCUCUCGCGACUGCUUGCAUCGCCGGAGCGCCUCCCUGCCGUGGGCAUGGGUCACUCGCUCGGCGCGAAGCUACUGGCGCUGAUGCAUGCAGAGGAAACAACGGCGCCCAAUCGAAAGCAAAGAGCCGGACUGGCGCCAAAGGCUAACAUAUUUCUGGCCUAUAAUAAUUACUCGAGUUCAAAGAGCAUACCCUUUUUCGAGGACGCUACCAAAGCACUCGAUGCGGUAGCUGGUUCAGACGGAUGGCGCAUCGUCGAGAGUUUUCUGCGUGAUGCGGCGAUUCUCGGCAGCAGCGCUCGGCUGCAAACGGCUCGCGGCGUGCAGCGAUAUUUUCGAGACCUGGCGGAGCCGCAACAAGAAGAGGUGCGCAGCCAGGAUCCCGGCUUGCUGGGUAUUUGGCCCGAAUGGGCUUCCCUAGCGACCGGGGCAGCACGCGCUCUACGUGAUCGUGAGUUUACACCCAGCCCGCAGGAGACUCAGCGCCUUAUCGAAUCAUAUUACAGCUGUGCGAGUAAUUUGAUUGUGAAGUUCGCAGAUGACCCCAUUGACCAAAGCGAUGACCUCGCUGCGGCGCUUUGGUACCGCUUUGCCGAUCGCGAAAAGGCCUUUGAGUUCCGUCAGGUUCCCGGAGGUCACCUGGUGCCUGUGUCCGCUGCGUAUCGGCGCAUGUUUCCGUUCGAUACGAAGAGCAGUCGCGCGUACGCCGACUCCCGCCCCAAUGUGCGGUAUCCCGUGGGUGGGGGUAUGCGCACCGGCCGACGCAGUCGCCGCGACGCGGCUUCCGACGGACCUGAUCCAGUCGAUCUACUCGUGGACGUUAUUGGGGACUAUUUGUCCUCGCUGCGACAACAGACCAGUUGA